AUGCCGGAGACUAGUCAGAUCAAGCCCGAGGGGCAAACGGAUUUGAACCUGGAGCCGGGAUGGGAUUUUGGUAUUUCGCAGUUGACGGACACUCAGAGGGAAUUGAUGGAGAAAUUCAAUUUCGCGUUUUACGAUGCUCAGGGAAGCAACGUAAAAACUGCGGCUGAUGAUAUUUUGGACACCUUCGACGAAGCAUAUUUCUCCAACAUCGAUAAAUACGAUGAACCUCAGGCUCAGCAGAUGAGCGAAGAUGGAAAUUACUUAUUGGAUUACCUUCUGGCCAAGACCGACGAGGGUUUCUCUGAACUCGUCACGCCGAGCAGUGAUUGCACUUCAACCUUCGAUUACGACGAAUUUUCUGAAAACUUCGAGCAGUUCAAUCAGCCCUGCAGUUACACGAAUCUUAACGACACGUGCUCCGAGGAACUGGGCACCUUCUACGUAGCUCCACCGCCUUUCGACGCACCUUACGAAGAAACCUCCAACAAUUUUACAAGAUUGCCUCCGGUGAAUACCAUCAAAAAUAACGUCGACUUCACGGACUUUCUACGCAACCAAGACCCAAAUUCUCUGAAACCAAUGAAAAAUCAGGACAACAAAGGGACUUUUGGCCACCUCGUGAUCUCGCCCUAUUCGGACUACUUCGACGAGGAAGCCGAGGAUAACCAGUUGAUCUUGACACAAAGUGAAUCCUUGUUAUACGAUGAUCCGAUGCUUAACUCUGGCUCGAAGAGGCAGAGGAAGCACACGGCGAGUUCGGACACGAGCACGGAAUACGAGGAUACCUUCAUGCCGAUGAAUUUGCAGUGCAAAUGGGAAAAUUGCUACGAAAUAUAUGAUUCUCAAAGCAGCCUCGUCAGGCACAUAGAGAAAACGCACGUGGAAUUGAAGCGCGGAGAUGAGUUCACUUGCUAUUGGUUGAAUUGCCCGAGAAAGAACAAGCCUUUCAACGCGCGCUACAAGCUCUUGAUCCACAUGCGAGUACACAGCGGGGAAAAGCCAAAUAAAUGUCCUUUCGAAGGUUGCAAUAAAGCAUUUUCGCGUCUGGAAAAUUUGAAGAUCCACCAGCGGAGUCAUACGGGAGAGAGACCGUACCUAUGCCAAUUCCCCAAUUGCACGAAGAGUUUUUCAAACAGCUCGGAUCGAGCUAAACACCAAAGGACUCAUUACGACACGAAACCUUACGCUUGUCAAAUUUAUGGAUGCGCUAAGAAAUACACGGAUCCGAGCAGUCUCAGAAAACACGUGAAAAAUCACAGCGUAGAAGAACAGCAACAGCUAAAGAACAAAAGCAUCGAAACAAUAAAGCGCGAAGAAAACACAACUUUCCAACAGAAGAAGUUUCCAAACAUCAUAAGGCAACGACCAGUGACGACGCAAGUGAAGCAGAUCUACACGAAUCUGGAUCACAGCUAUUCGCACACUUCAUCAAGCUUUAGUGUUAAGCAAGAUCUCAAAAACAGGCUUUCCGAGAAGAUCCACAAGAACUCAAACUUAUACUCCAAUUAACGCUGGAAAC